AUGUUCUACGAGCCCGGCAAGACCGCCCACGGUCUCCCCCACGAUCCGUUCAAGUUCAACAACCUGACCUUCGACCCGCCCUACGUCAUGUUCAGCGCGAACCAGACGCCCUCGGGUCGCAGAAAAGACACCGUCGCCAACGCCGAGGCCACCGGCCGCUUCGCCUGGAACCUGGCCACCUGGGACCUGCGCGACGCCGUGAACGCCUCCGCAGAACAGGUCCCUGCUGAUGUCGACGAGUUCGAGCGCGCCCGGCUCGAAAAGGACUUCACCACUGUGCUGAAGGAGCCGCGCGUCCCCAUGGUGAGGCGGAGCCCGGUCAAGUUUGAGUGCGAGUAUCAUAGCACCCUGAGGCUGCCCGGGAAUCCGCCCAUGGGCACUGUCGACGUAGUCAUUGGGAAGGUCGUCGCCGUGCACAUUGCAGAUGAGGUGCUGACGGAUGGCAUUUUGGACGUCUCAAAGACUCAGCCGAUAGCCCGAUGUGGCUAUUAUCAGUACGCCGUGAUAAAGGAGACGUUUGACAUGAUCAUCCCGAGUAGCGAUCAAUGGGGCGAAGACAUCUUGAGCGGGUUGGAGGGCAGCUCGAGCAAGAAUAAGGCUAUUGGGAAAAGGGAAAAGACGGAGUCUGGGGAGAGGGAGGGGGAAGUGUGA